CCAAAACGCAAACCCGAACCCAAACACAAAAAAAAACCCUAAUUUGUGAUCUCUCCCCCAAUUCCUCGUCCCAGCGAACAAAUAAAAGAAAUUUAAAAACAAAAUUAAUGGCUAAUCAUCUUCUUCCUCUCUUGUCCUAGCCUUUUCCUGGAUUGACCUUCGUGUCCUCCUUCUUCAUCUUCGGGUUUCUUUGCUAUUUCUAGCCUCCAAGUCUCGCACUUCUCGCUGUGGAUCAGAUUCUGAUUUCGUUUCCACUAGUCCGAGUUUUGAAGCGGAAAAUUCUGGAGGAAGAAAGUGCCUAAUGAUGCAGCUGCUGCUUCUGCUGUAGGAUGGUUUGAGGAAUUUUUGGGAAGUGGUGAUACUUAAACAUGGGCAGCAGCGAGAUGGAUAAACAGGCAAAAGAGAAGGAGCCGAAGACGCCUCCUGCUACUACUACUACUACUACGCAGGAGCAGUCUUCGACUACUGUCCCUGGUGCAGUUAACCCUGACUGGUCGGGCUUUCAGGCAUAUUCUCCUAUACCACCACCUGGGUUCUUGGCUUCUAGUCCCCAAGCUCCUCCGUAUAUGUGGGGGGUUCAGCAUAUUAUGCCUCCCUACGGUACCCCUCCUCAUCCAUAUGUUGCAAUGUAUCCCCAUGGUGGGAUAUAUGCUCAUCCAUCCAUGCCUCCGGGAUCUUAUCCUUUUAGUCCUUUUGCUAUCCCUUCUCCAAAUGGCAUGGCUGAGGCUUCUGGAAAUACUCCUGGGAAUGUGGAAGUAGAUGGUAAACCAUCCGAAGUGAAGGAAAAACUGCCCAUCAAAAGAUCAAAAGGAAGUUUGGGGAGUUUGAAUAUGAUAACAGGGAAGAAUAAUGAGCAUGGUAAAACAUCAGGUGCAUCUGCUAAUGGAGUUUAUUCUAAAAGUGCUGAGAGUGGAAGUGAUGGUACGAGUGAAGGAAGUGAUGAGAACUCUCAGAGUGACUCACAACUGAAGUCCGGCGGGCAGGAUUCUUUUGAAGGCGAAGCAUCACAGAAUGGCAAUUCUGUGCAUGGUCCUCAGAAUGGAGGACCAGCUAUAGUGAAUCAAGCAAUGGCCAUGGUGCCGAUCUCAGGUGCUGGUGCUGCUCCCCUGGCUGUUGCUGGUCCUACGACAAAUUUAAAUAUUGGAAUGGAUUAUUGGGCUGCUCCUACUUCAUCAGCUAUCCCUGCAAUGCGUGGGAAGGGACCUGCUCCUGUUGCUGGAGGAUUUGCCAGUGGAUCACGGGACAGUGUUCAGUCACAGCCUUGGCUACAGGAUGAAAGAGAACUUAAGAGACAAAGAAGGAAGCAGUCGAAUAGAGAAUCCGCUCGUCGAUCCAGGUUGCGUAAGCAGGCGGAAUGCGAUGAGCUGGCCCAACGUGCAGAAGCCUUGAAAGAUGAAAAUGCCAGUCUUAGAUCAGAGGUGAGCCGGAUCAGGAGUGAGUAUGAGCAGCUUCUUGCGGAGAAUGCCUCCCUCAAGGAGAGACUUGGGGAUGAAGAUGUAAGGUCUGGGAGGAAUGACCAACAAUUGAGUAGCGAAACUCAACAGACUAGGCAAACAGAGGUUGUGCAGGGUGGUCACUAGGAUGUAGCUGCCUCUUAUUAUGAUGCUUUUCAGGAGCAUAACCUAACAAAUUAGCAACAGGAAGUUCUUGUUUUGCAUAGCGUGUAGUUUAAAUUUGAUCAAAUCUGACCUUUUUAGUUUUAGGAUCUCUGCUUAUUUUCUGUCAUCCCUCAUCUCUCUAAUUUGGGCUUAUCUUUUCACAUUUUUAAGACCCGGAUGGUGUGUUAAGUGCAAACAUGUUCUCUUGCCCUUGACUGUUUUGAAAUGGGAGUAUUCACACUUAUAUCUGUAUUAGAUUGGUCACUCAAAAGUGUAACUCGGAUGCAAUUGAUUAACUCAACUCAAGUAUGCUUUACUUGUUUUUUUUUU